CUUAGUAAGUGGAACACUCCAAAUAACAUCAUAUUCACCACCUCUUUUGAUACACCCUUUUCAGUUGAAGCUCUAUGUACUCAUCUGAAUUCACCGCUGAAAAAAAACCACCCCUUCAGCCAUGAACUGCACACUGCUAUGAUGACAUCGUUAGUUGGAGCCACAGGGAUUAGUGAUCCUCACUGCUGAUAGGUUGGUAGAAAAGGGAUGGGAUUUCGUUAAUAAAAGCAUCAAAGUAAAACAGUGCACAGUCUGAAAGUAAAACGACCUUACAAGAGUGGAACUCUCACCUGAAGACAAUAAGAAGACGGUGAGCUCUCCUAACAUGAUGCCUACAGCUAAAGGCAUGUGCCACAUGAUACCCAAUCACGUUCUGAGAGUGGGUCAAACUAUCCGUCUGGACUCGAGGCAGGAUCCAGUCAAUCAACAUCCCAGUCUCACAGAGCCCAGUGGCAAACAUGAUGACCCUGAUCUCGACAUCUCCCUGGAUAAUCUCAACCAGCUCAUCCUGGAACUGGACCCGACAUUUGAACCCAUUCAGGUCAACGGAAGUCCCACAUGCAUCAGCCCUCCUACAGACAACUCCUGCUCAGAUAAAGAUGUCUCACGCUGUGUGUUGGUCCCUAGAGGAUGUUCUCCCUGCUCCUCGCCCUCCGUGGUCCCAUUAACGUCACCCAGUAUACCCAUCCCUACACACAGCAGCCUCAGCUGCAGUCCCCAUGGCAUGCUUGUCUUCUCCAGCUCCCCUACGUCCUCCCUGCCUCCGCUGCCAUGUGGGAGUGCACCCCGACGAAAUCACUCAUCGAAGCAUGACGUAGCCUUUUCCCAAGGAUCCCUGCGCUUGUCACACUCCAACAGGAACAGUGCCACCUCGCUCCUCUCCAUGUCAACAUGCUCAGACACCAGCUACAUCCUUGGCAGCAACCUGUCCCUGGCCAGUGAAGAUGCUGACUCUCCAGAUUCCAUCCUUACUUGCAUGUCCGGCUCCUUCACUCAUGAGUCCAGAACGAGGCCAUCUGAUAAGAGCCCAGACAAGCCCCCGCUGACAAAGGGAGGACAUCUACAGAAGCUUCACAGCAAAGGAGUCCACAGCAGUCCGGCUUCACUCUCUGGGUCUCUGACCGAUAUUCCUGUACUGCUAGUCAACGGUGCACCCCAGUCAGAUCUGCACAUUCAGUCUGAUGGACCAGAAACUGACUUGAUACACACCAUCCCUUUUUCCAUCUCAAGCCCAAUUUCUCCUCGCAGUUUCCAGGCCCAUUUCAAUGGCAGCCAGCCCUCAAUGAAAUUUGUCAUGGACACUUCAAAGUUUUGGUUCCGUCCACAUGUCAGCAGAGCAGAAGCUGAAGCCCUGGUAAAGGACAAGGAAGCAGGAACAUUUGUGGUGAGGGACAGCACCUCAUACAGAGGCAGUUUCGGUCUGGCGAUGAAGGUGGACCAAACAUCCGCCAACUUCACUGCUAGCGCCUACCCAGGAGAGAGUACUUCAGAUCUUGUCAGACACUUCCUCAUUGAAUCAUCAGCUAAGGGCGUACGCAUCAAAGGUUCUUCUCAGGAACCAUACUUCGGUAGUCUCUCUGCCCUGGUCUACCAGCACACAAUUUCUGCUUAUGCUUUACCCUGCAGAUUACUGCUCCACUCCCAAGAUCUGGGUGCAACAGAAGGGAGGGCAAACGACAAACCAGCAUCAGUGGACAAGAGUACAACAGCUUGCAAUUUCGUCUACCUGAAUGCUGUCUCCAUUGAGAUGCUGACGGGCCCUUGUGCAGUGCAGAAGGCGGUGUCCUCCACACUUGAGAAGGCCUCGGGUUCCUUCACACCAGCCAUAGUCAACCUGAAGGUGUCUUUGAAGGGCGUUACAUUGACAGAUAUCAACAGGAAGCUUUUCUUCAGGCGCCAUUACCCUGCUCACCUGCUUAGCUACAGUGGUGAAGAUCCAGAUAAUCGACUCUGGGUGAAAGGUUCCAGUUUUGGUGCAAGAAUGUUUGGCUUUGUGGCAAAAGGUAUAGAGGCUGGCAUGGAGAAUGUAUGCCACAUCUUUGCAGAAUAUGACCCCCUGCAGCCUUGCAACAAAGUCAUCGAGCUUAUUCAGGCCGCCAUAGCCAAGCCUUAGGUCUUAAGGCACUACCUACCUGCCUGUCUUAUGCUGUACUUUUCUUAAGUAACCUGUCCAAUACCUUGGUCAUCGUUAAGUGUCACUACUGCUGUUGUUACACUGGACAAGUUACUGUAUCUGCUGGAGUGCAAUAGCAACAAAAUCUGAACUACAAGUGAUUAGGACUAUCCAGAGUCGUAGCACGGUCAGAUGAUAAAAGUCAUACUGAAAAGACAGGUGUAAUGGCAUAUAUGAAGACAGACAAGACUGAACAGCUGUCACGCAGGAAUAUACCAGCAACAUAGGAUUGUAAUUAAAUGACAUGCUACUACUGUUCCAAGGAGUUUGUAGUUUGUAUGUUAAAACAAACGUAACAAUACAGAUGUUAAACUUAAUAUAUGAAGCACCCAAAAAUAAUUUCAGUGUAAAAUAUUAUUGUAUUAAAGUGUAUUAAAGUAUAAAAGAAACCAACACUUUAGGUCAUGCUACAUUAGUUGAUGUUUCUUAUUUCUUAGUGUAGAAUGAUCCCCAUGUCAUUUGGGGUGAAAAUCUGCACCAGCUGAUGCUAUAAAAUAUAGCGAUGAGAGAUUUUGAAGUUUUCUUAACAGGCUUGAAGAAAAACAACCACAACAUACUGGCGUGUCCUUUCAUUUCAAACAGAAACAGAUAGCCUAGAUAUAUAGUUCAGAAUGUAUUUAUUAAACUGCACUGUAAACUACUUGUUUUCUAUUCAUGAUUUUUUUCAAAUUGUUGUGAUAAAAAAUAAGCAU